AUGGAACAAGAACUGAAGGAAGUAAAAGAAUCUUUAGAAUAUGCAUAUGCUGAAGUUGAAACGCUGAAGAAAGAAAACGCAGGGCUAAAGAAGUCAGACUCGGAGACGAAAGAAAGAUUGGCGAAAGUAGAAGAGCAGAAUUCAGCAUUAAAUAGUCGCGUCAUUGACCUACAAGCAAGGUCAAUGCGCGACAACUUAAUGUUUUAUAAUUUACCAGAGCGUGAGGACGAAAAUACAAACAACCUCAUACAUAACUUAUUACAAGAGCAACUUGGAAUAUCGGAUGCGAAGACUAUAAAGAUAGACCGUUCACACAGAAUAGGCAGAAGAACACCGGGAUCGAGAAGACCAAGAGCCAUUGUCGCGAAAUUUAAUUUUUACCCGGAUAAGGAACGUAUACUGGCUAACGCGAGGCGAUUAAAGGGUACAGGAAUUGCAAUUUCUGAACAGUUCCCGGAGGAAAUUGUUAAAUUAAGAAAGCGACUACUGCCAGAAAUGAAGAAAGCACGUGAGGAUGGUAGGAGAGUAAAAUUAGUUAGAGAUAAGUUAUAUAUAGAUGGCCAACUUUUUAGACAUAAUUCUACUCACUAGGUUUCAUAUUACAUAUAAACAAAAUAUGCUAUCAGUCUAUCACGCUUACAUUAAUUAA